CUGCAAGGGUAUGCAUGGGGAGGAGGGAUGGGGUGCAACUCCCACAUUGUUAGGAACCACGAACCAAACUCAGGGGACCUUCCAGAGCAAACUCUCCACAAUGUCAUGUUACUAACACCAGGCUUAGGGAUUAGCCCUAUGCCACUCCCUCUCCACCACCCUACAAUCACAGUGUCCAGGUGGCUUUGUGAGUUACCCGGACCCUCCGUAAUAACCUCUCUGUGGGUGCGGCUGCACUUUCUCGUCCCUUCCCACCCUGACUCAGCUCUCUUCCGAUGCGCUCCUAUUUCUUGCCCGGCAGAAACUGCCGCUGUACCCGCCCCAAUGGGCAUGCUCACUCCUCUGGCCAGGCUUUGACUGCGGGGAGGGCAGCAACCGGCCAGCGGUGCGCCUCCCCAGUGUCCCGGUCCCUUUAAAUCGGGCCUGCUAGUUGUUAGGGAACGGCGCGGCCCGCGCUAGCGCUGCACUGCAGAGAGAGGCUCAGCCCCGGGCCGGCCCGGCCGGCUCGCGGUGGCCAGCGCCAAACAAGGGGCUGCACCCGCCGGUGGUGGCCGGCUUAGGGAAAGAGGGGACAGGGCUCUCCAGACCGCACCCACGCUUCCAGUUCAAACUGGAGAAGGAAAGCAACGACAUCCAGUAGAAGACCCUGGGCCUCGGGAAGUCGCCCAAAUGUGGGGCUCAGAGAAGACUCAGGACCCCCGAAGGAGUCGCCCGAACCCAGAGCUAAAGUACCGGCACGGGCCCGUGGACGGCCCCCAACCUCCAGCUGCUCCUCUGGCGGGAACCUGCGAGCUCCUGGGGGCUGAAGACUCCAAGGAUCAUGGAUUACAGCCAGGUGACUUUGUUUAUUGGAAAAGGCACCAUCUAAAAGACUUCUUACAACCUCGCUGGAAAGGACCUUACCAGGUAUUGGAAGAGGUGCCUGAAGAAAUGGGUGCUAGAAGAAAACACUGGAAGGAGAAUGUGUUUACUCCCCUUUUUAGUGCACAGGAUGUUCUAGAAUUGGCUUCUCAGCCUGAAUCUUCUGAACAAACAACUGUAGAUAAGACCAAGAGAAUAGAAGGAAUUUAUAAUUUGUCCAGUAGAAAGUUUCAAGAGAAAAUAAAUUUAAGAGGAAACUAUAUUUCCCAACCAAAUGAAAAAGAACAAGAACCAAAUUUAAGAGAGAGAAAGGUAAACGUUUCAAAGAAUGAAGCAGAUACAAAUUCUGCCUCCUGUGAAUCAUCUAAUGUGGAUGUUGCAACAGAAGAAGGCUUUAACAGCACAGAAGAUCACUCUACCUGGAGAACAAAGAAAGUACUACCAGGACAAGACAAGAGGAAGAAAUUUACCAGAGGAAUGUCUCCAAAACUUCCCCUGAAUCUUUUGAAUGAAGAACUGGAAGAACUUAAUAUGAAGUGCAGAGAAAUAGAAGAGAAAUUUGAAAAUGCUGAAAAAGAACUUUUGAACUCCAAGAAAGAAGUAUCCCCAAAACCCCUAAAUUUUCAAGAACCAGGGAUGGAUACUUCAAGGAAUGACUGGGGACUUCAAACUUUAAGAAACGACCUCUCUGAGAAAGCAACAAAUGUAAAAAACUUAACUGAAGAGCUCCAGCAAGCCAAAGAAGUCAUCCACAAGUUGAAUCUAGAAAACAGAGAUUUGAAAGAAGCUGUUAGGAAGUUAAAGCGUCAAACUGAGGUUGGAAAUACACUCCUAAAAGAAGAAAUGAAAUUGUAUUAUGAAUUUGAAAUGGAAAAGAUCCUCAGAGAGCCCUAUGCCAUCAAGAAUGAACUGAGAGCUGAGAAGACCCUGCAAGCAAGAGAUAACCGAGCCCUGGAAUUGCUUAGAAAACACUUUGCUUCAUCUUCAAGUACCCUCAACCACUUUGCUGGGGAUAUUUUUUAAAACUCAAAAAGAAAAAGCCUUUCCUCAGGCAAGUUAUUGAGCCAAAUCAGUGCUGAUUGAACUUUCUUUGUGCACCACUUAAAAUGAAUGUAAUAGGAUAUAAUUUUCAUUUUUGGUGAAUCAGAAUAUCCAUAAAACAUAUAGAUUUAACCUCAAGCCUUCUGCUUUCUCUUUUUAAUGAAGUUAU